GCCGCAGCAGCAGCAGCAGCAGCAGCCCCCCCAGGCGCCGCAGCAGCCCCCCCAAGUACCGCCGCAGCCGCAGCCCCCGCAGCCGCCCCGGGGCCAGAUGAGCCGGGGGGCCUCCAGAAGCUCCAGUCCGGGGGCGGGCGGGGGCCACAGCACCAGCGGAAGCACCAGCCCGGCUACGACCCUUCGGAGAAAGUCUGAUGGGGAGAACUCUCGAACUGUCAGGUCCACAGAGUCUCCCACCCUCCACCAGUAUUGCUGUCCUGCCCAGGUGUUCCUCUCCAUGCAGCUACUCCCCUCAGGCAGGCCGACCGAGAGCAGUGUGGAGGGCGAUGCCCCGUCCAGUGAUCUGGGCGUCGGGGCCGACAGUCCGGAAAGCCAGGCCCCCUACCGUUGCGGGGGCAGUGGUGUUGUCAGCGAGUUCGCCAAGUUGUCGGACCCCUAUGAGCUGUCCCCAGCUGCCUGCCAUGUCCACAUGCCCGGCCCGUCUGCCGCCACCGGCCUGCCCUGGGCCCAGCGGGCUCGCCUCCAGCCCGCCAGCCUGGCGCUGCGCAAGCAGGAGGAAGAGGAGCUGAAGAGGUCCAAGGCCCUCUCUGACAGCUACGAGCUUUCCACAGACCUGCAGGACAAGAAGGUGGAGAUGCUGGAGAGGAAGUACGGCGGGCCGUUCCUGAGCCGGCGGGCAGCCCGCACCAUCCAGACAGCCUUCCGCCAGUACCGCAUGAACAAGAACUUUGAGCGGCUGCGCAGCUCAGCCUCGGCCAUGUCGGGCAUCAUCCUGUCCAACAUGCAGCAGUUCUCCUUGGGAGUCGAAGGCCAGAACGCCCCAUACUUCGAGGGCAAACCCCUUGACGAGGGCAGGUUGGGGGCCCGGCCCUCGGUUCGAGGAGUCCUCAGGGGUUCCUGCAGCGGCCUGGAUGGGGGCAGCUCGGUCACCACCUCCGGGGAGUUCUCCAAUGACAUCACUGAGCUGGAAGACUCCUUCUCUAAGCAGGUGAAGUCCUUGGCGGAAUCUAUCGAUGAGGCCCUGAACUGCCACAGUCUCCGGGGAGAGGAAGAAGAGGAGGAGGAAGAGGAGGAAGAGGAGGACGAGGAGGAGGAGGAGGAUGAGGAGGAAGAGGAGGAGGAGGAGGAGGAGACGGUGGAGCCGGGGCGAGUGGAGGUCUCGGGGCCCCUCCCAGAGCAGGCAGAGACCCGGGACCGGGACCACCAUGGAGACAGCACGGGCACCUCCUUCAGCGACGUCACGCUCUACCUGGAUGAGGCCACCGGGCCUGUGUCCCCACUUUCCCCGGACCACCCAGCUGGUGGCGGAGAGACUCCCCAGCCGCCUCUCCCACCCCCCCCAUCCGGGGCCGCCAAUGCUCGGGAGGAGGACGUGGGGGCCCGCCGGGGCCCCCCUUGCCUCGAAUGCAGAGACUUCCGUCUGCGGGCCGCCCACCUUCCACUGCUGACCAUCGAGCCACCCAGCGACAGCUCCGUGGACCUCAGUGACCGCUCCGACCGGGGCUCUAUCCACCGGCAACUGGGCAACUAUGAGGCCGGUGGGACCAGCAGCCCCCAUGGAACCUUGCAGCAGCACCCGGAGCCACCACCGCCCGGGAGACCCCCUCACCCCCUCCGCCACUAUCCGGCCCCUGAGGCUAGCGGCCUGGGAGCCCCCCCGCCACCCCCUGGAAGCUCCGCCCUCAACAGCAGCGGUCCCUCUGGGGGCAGCAGUGGCCGGAUCCUCAUGAGCAAGUGCGAAGCCAGCACGGCUCCGGUGGCCAGCAGCGGCGGUGGCGGCGGCGGCAGCGGCGGUGGCGGCGGCGGCGGCGGUGACAACUCUGACGGGGAGCCCGAUAGCUUGAACAGCACCACCAACUCAAACGAGACCAUCAAUUGCAGCUCGGGGUCUUCAUCGCGAGACAGCCUGCGUGAGCCCCCUGCCCCGUUGGGGUCCCAGACUUAUCAGCGGGAGACCAGGCACAGCUGGGACUCCCCGGCCUUCAACAAUGAUGUGGUCCAGAGACGGCACUACCGCAUAGGCCUCAACCUGUUUAACAAGAAACCGGAAAAGGGCAUUCAGUACCUGAUCGAGCGUGGCUUCCUGUCGGACACCCCCGUGGGGGUGGCCCACUUUAUCCUGGAGCGCAAGGGCCUGAGCCGCCAGAUGAUUGGGGAGUUUCUGGGAAACCGGCAAAAACAAUUCAACAGGGAUGUGCUCGAUUGCGUGGUUGAUGAGAUGGAUUUCUCCUCCAUGGAUCUGGAUGACGCCCUGCGAAGGUUCCAGUCCCACAUUCGAGUGCAGGGAGAGGCCCAAAAAGUGGAGCGGCUCAUUGAGGCCUUCAGCCAGCGCUACUGUGUGUGCAACCCGGCUCUCGUGAGGCAGUUUCGGAACCCAGAUACCAUCUUCAUCUUGGCCUUUGCCAUCAUCCUGCUCAACACGGACAUGUACAGCCCCAAUGUGAAAGCUGAACGCAAGAUGAAGCCUGAAGAUUUCAUCAAGAACCUCAGAGGGGUCGACAAUGGAGAAGACAUCCCUCGGGACCUGCUGGUGGGCAUCUACCAGCGCAUCCAAGGCCGUGAACUGAGGACCAAUGACGACCACGUGUCCCAGGUGCAGGCUGUGGAACGCAUGAUCGUGGGGAAGAAGCCAGUCCUCUCCCUGCCCCACCGGCGCCUGGUCUGUUGCUGCCAACUCUACGAGGUGCCCGACCCCAACAGGCCACAGAGGCUCGGCCUUCACCAGCGUGAAGUCUUUCUCUUCAACGACCUGCUUGUGGUCACCAAAAUUUUCCAGAAGAAGAAGAUCCUGGUGACGUACAGUUUCCGCCAGUCUUUCCCCCUGGUUGAGAUGCACCUACAGCUCUUCCAGAAUUCAUAUUACCAGUUUGGCAUCAAAUUGCUGUCCGCGGUGCCGGGUGGGGAGCGGAAGGUGCUCAUCAUAUUCAAUGCGCCCAGCCUCCAAGACCGGCUCCGUUUCACCUCUGACCUCCGGGAGUCCAUAGCUGAAGUGCAAGAGAUGGAGAAGUACCGCGUGGAAUCGGAGCUGGAGAAGCAGAAGGGGGUGAUGCGCCCCAACACCUCCCAGCCCGCCGGCUCCAAGGAUGCGGUCAAUGGCACGUUGCCCCGGUCCAGCCUGGAGGACACGUACGGCCUCGGUGACGGUCUGAAGCGGAGUGCCCUUAGCAGCUCCCUACGUGACCUCUCCGAUGCAGGGAAGCGGGGGCGACGUAACAGCGUGGGAUCAUUGGACAGCACCAUUGAAGUAAGUGGGGCGGCCCGGCCGUCCCCCCCCACCCCAUCUGCAUGGGGCUGAGUGCCUGCCCCCCUGUGCCUGUUCC